AUGGCAACUGUCCAAAAUGGAUAUACCAACGGCUCGCUCACGGAGCAGGGCAUCCUAACACACUACCGUUUCUCCGAUAUCCCCUCUGCCAUCGACAUCCCCGCCUCCACAUUCGAUAGUGAGGUCGAAAUCAGUCUCGAAGAGCUUCCUGACGAUCCCACCGAGCUCUGCACACUCCUCGACAACGAAAAAGCCGCGAAGAACUUCUGGGUUAUCAUUGCGCUUGCAUACGCGAAACAAAACCAGAUCGAUCAUGCCAUCGACAUCCUCAAUCGCGGUCUCUCGUCCCUCGCGCAGGGCGUGACGAAGGAGAAGCUCGGCCUCCUAGGAUGGAUAUGUUGGCUAUAUAUGCGAAAGAGCAGAGAGGCCCCCCGCGUCGCGCCGGGAGGCCAGCUGGUGUCCGAAGCGAAGACUAAAGAUUACUAUCUCCAGGCGGCUACCUCGACUCUAAACGAGGCGUCGCGAUUAAAUCCCGCAUACCCUUCCCUUUUCCUCGCACGGGGCGUUCUAUCGAUCUUGCGCGCUUCCUUACAGCCCCCCGCCAAGGCUCUUAGACCCGGGACGGUCGAUACUUCGGAACGGGUAGAGACCUUGCGCCAGGCCUUGAAAUGUUUCGAUGAGUCGGCGAAAUCGUUCGGUAACCGGAAUGUUAUGGCCAUUCUCGGGAGGGCGAGGGCACAGUAUAUGUUAGGUAGAUAUGCGGAGGCACUGGAGGGUUAUCAGGAGGUUCUGAUAAAAAUGCCGAAUAUGAGAGAUCCUGAUCCCCGGAUUGGAAUUGGUUGCUGUCUCUGGCAACUAGACUUCAAGGAGCAAGCGAAAGCUGCUUGGACUCGUGCUUUAGCUCUGAAUCCGGAAUCCAAAGUUGCCAAUAUCCUUCUGGGAGCUUACUAUCUCUAUGACAGCUCUCGGCACGCAACCAACGACCCGGCUUUCGGCUCGUUGUACAAAAUAGCCAUGACGCAGUACACGCAGAAAGCAUUCAAAGUGGACAAGGAAUAUCCCAUGACCUGUUCCAUGUUUGGCGGCUAUUUCUUACUCCGAAAACAUUUCCCAACUGUCGAAGCGCUAGCCCGCAAGGCGAUUGAACUCACUGAUGUUAACGCGAUUGCUAGUGAUGGAUGGUAUUUACUCGCGCGAAAGGAACACUUUGAGGGCAACUCUGCAAGAGCCAACGAGUAUUACAGCCGGUCAGACCAGGCCCGAGGUGGUGGGGAUAGAGGGUACCUGCCGGCGAAAUUCGGCGCUGUGCAAAUGCAAGUGAGGACCGGUGACUAUGAUGGGGCCAAAUUUCGUCUGGAAAAGAUUAUUCAGCAGACGAAGAAUCCAGAGUCGAUGACCCUGCUUGGCGCUCUCUUUGCUGAGGAAGUGUUUGCAGCCCAGUCUAGCCCGCUCAAAGAGGACAAGUCCGCUGAAGUGAAGAAAGCCACGAGCCUCCUCGAGUCCGUGCGUGCGUCGUGGAAAGAUGAGAAGAAAAAACUUUCGCCUGAUGAGUCUGUUUUACUUUAUCUUGCACGACUGUACGAGAGUGGUUCGCCGGAGAAGAGCAUGCAGUGUCUGCAGCAUGUCGAGCAGAUGCAGCUGGCUCAGAUACCGGAUACCGAGCGGCCCGAGGAUAUUGAGGAUGAGGAGACAACAACGAACCUCCUCCGGGAACAUUUGGCACCUCAGCUGCUGAACAAUAUGGGCUGCUUCUUGUAUCAUUCUGAGAAGAUAGAACUUGCACGGAAUAUGUUCCAGACAGCCCUCAAUGCUUGCGUGAAAUCUCGUGACAGAGAUGAUUCGGCCGACACCGAUGCUCUUGUUACCACAAUCAGUUAUAAUCUCGCCAGAACUUAUGAGGCCGCGUCCAUGCCCGAGGAAGCCAAAAAGGUAUAUGAAGGUCUUCUGGAAAGGCAUAGUGAUUACACCGAAGCCAAUGCCCGAUUGACAUAUAUCGCUCUCCGCCAAAGCCCAACAGACGAAGGACCUAAGAAAAUGGCCAAAUUAUAUGAACUAGAGUCUACAAAUCUUGAAGUCCGUGCUCUGUUUGGCUGGUACCUAAGCAAAUCGAAGAGAAGGGUAGCAAAUAUCGCCGAAGACCACGAACAACGUCACUACAAACAUACACUUCAGGGAUAUGAUAAACAUGACAGGUACUCGCUUACGGGAAUGGGCAAUAUCUACCUCCUUGCCGCUCGAGACAUGAGGCGCGAUACGGAGCAGGAUAGAGAGAAACGAAGAAAGAUGUACGAGAAGGCUGUGGAGUUCUUUGAUAAGGCGCUACAACUUGAUCCAAAGAAUGCCUAUGCGGCGCAGGGGAUUGCUAUUGCAUUGGUUGAUGAUAGAAAGGAUUACACGACUGCGGUACAGAUCUUCUCACGCAUUCGAGACACGCUGCGCGACGCGAGCGUCUACCUUAAUCUUGGACAUGUGUAUGCUGAGCUUAGACAAUUUUCUAAGUCCAUUGAGAACUACGAAGCCGCUCUCUCCAAGGAUAGACAACGCGACACCCAAAUUCUAGCCUGCCUCGGCCGUGUCUGGCUCUUGAAAGGAAUGCAAGAAAUGAACCUGGUGGCUAUGAAUACCGCCCUGGACUGUACCCAACGCGCUCGCGCCAUUGCCCCCGAACAAAUCCACCUUGAAUUUAACGUCGCUUUCGUCCAAAACCAGAUAGCGCAACUGGUAGUCUCUCUCCCGGAAACCCAAAAGUCGCUCCAAGACGUCCAAAUCGCUUCCGACGGGCUUGAUGAGGCGAUCAACACCUUCAGCCAAAUUGCGAAAGCCAAGCAUCCACCUUACCCCCGCGGCUCUUUGGAGCAGCGCGCGAACAUGGGCAAAAAUACCAUCCGCAGAAAGCUGGAGCGGACGCUACAGAGCCAGGGGGAAUACGAGGAGAAGAACGCCACGAAGUUACAGCAGGCGCGGGAGGCGCGGGAGACUGAAUUGAGGAGGCGCGAAGAGGAGAAGCGGAAGGUGGAGGAGGCUGAGUUGGAACGGAAGAGACAGAUUGCUGAGGACCGGCAGCGGCUAAUUGAGGAAGCGCAGCGCCUUGCUGCGAUACGUGCAGAGGAAGAGCGGGCUAGGGAAGAAGCAGAGUAUACCACUGACUCCGAGACCGGGGAUAAGGUGAAAAGAAAGAAGAAGGCGGCGGCAAGUAAGCGGAAGAAAAAGGAUGCUGGGGACGAUAGUGGUGCGGCAGGGAGGAAGUCUAAGGAUCGGAGUACGGGCCCAGAGAGUGAGCUGGAAUCUGACGCAGAAGAUCACCCCGCGCCGCGGAAACGGAGACGGCUGGAGAGACGGUCCACUACUAAAUCUAGUAAGUAUAAAAGUAGUGAGAUUGUGGUUGAGUCUGAGAGUGAGGAAGACGAAGAAGGCGCAGGAGCUGGGACUAGGGGAGCGAAUGGGGCUAGUCGUGAUGCUGGUUCACCCGUUUCGGAUCGUGACGAGGAUGAUGAUAUGCGUGAUACUGCUGCUGGAAGGGUUUCUGUGGAUGAGGACAAGGAUGCUGAUGCUGUUGUGCGACGGCGGCGGACAAAGUUGAAUCUUCGCAUUGAGGAUGAUGAGGAUGAAGAAGGGGAAAGUGAAGGGGAGAGUGCAGGGAAGAAAGCUCACCCUGCCUCGCUGGAUGAGGAGCCAAAUGACGAGGAUGAUCUUUUUGAGGAGAAAAGUGGUGACGAGGCCAUGGACCGUGCUAGUAGUGGGGAUAAAGAUACGGAGAUGAAGGAUCGCGCGGAUGAGGAUGAAGAUGAAGAGUAAGCGUUCUGUGUGCACCAAAAUUUCCACGGCACCAACAUCAGCGGGGACUAGUUGAUAUGUUGCAGCUUCUAUCCACUGUGACUCAAAAACGAUUCUCAGCUCUCGGGAUCUGAAAAGGACCACUCUGCCACUAUCUCCAGCACACGAAUCACUAUAUAUACUCAGAACGUUUAAUUUUCUCUCAUCAGCUGAUAUUCCGUUUCGUAUUUUCUUGUCGCCCCCUUUCCAUGGCCUCUUUUCAGCUGGUCUAUUUGUUUGUUUCCCUAACUAUAUGUUUUUAAGAAACAUGCAUCGGUGUCCUUUAUGGUGCGUUCAGUGCGGUAUCACUUUCCUACUGGUUUGAAUUCCCAUAUCCAUUCAUC